CGCGGAGCGGCGCGGAGAGCAGGAUGUGUGACCGCAACGGUGGGCGACGGCUCCGGCAGUGGCUGAUCGAGCAGAUCGACAGCGAGCUCUACCCAGGGCUCAUCUGGGAAAAUGAGGAGAAAACCAUGUUCCGCAUCCCGUGGAAACACGCUGGGAAGCAGGACUACAACCAGGAGGUGGACGCUUCUAUUUUCAAGGCCUGGGCUGUUUUCAAGGGCAAGUUCAAAGAAGGUGACAAAGCGGAGCCGGCCACAUGGAAGACGCGGCUGCGCUGUGCUUUGAACAAGAGUCCCGACUUUGAGGAGGUAACAGACAGGUCCCAGCUGGACAUCUCUGAGCCCUACAAGGUCUACAGGAUCGUGCCGGAGGAGGAACAGAAAUGCAAAGCGGGCAUUGCCAACGGGAACAGCCUGAAUGAUGUCACGGAGAUGGACUGCAGUUCCUCUGCGAUCGAUGACCUCAUUAAAGAGCCCCCCUGUGUAGAUGAAUACCUGGGGAUCAUCAAGAGAAGCCCCUCACCCCCCCAGGAGACCUGCAGAAACACCCUGAUACCUGACUGGUGGGUGCAGCAGCCUAGCCCUGCGUUGCCCCUGAUGAACGGAUACGCUGGCUACGAGCAGCAUCAUUUGGGUUACUCCCAGAUGGUGAUCAACUUCUUCUACAGUGGGAGGCUGGUGGGCCACAUCACCACUUCAUGCACCGAGGGCUGCCGGAUCUCGCUGAGCCAGCCCUCUGGCCAUGGUGAGAAGCUGUAUGCUCCAGAUGCCCUGGAGCACGUGCGUUUCCCCUCAGCCGACACCAUCCAGAAUGACCGCCAGAAGCAGAUCACCAGGAAGCUCUUUGGGCACCUGGAGAGGGGUGUCCUGCUGCACAGCAACAGGCAGGGCAUCUUCAUCAAGAGGCUGUGCCAAGGCAGGGUCUUCUGGAGCGGCAACAACAUGGUCUACAAGGACAGGCCCAACAAACUGGACCGGGAUGAGGUGGUGAAGAUAUUUGACACCAACUUGUUCUUCAGAGAGUUGCAGCAGUAUUACAACAACCAGGGCCGCUUACCAGACAGCAGAGUCAUGCUGUGCUUUGGAGAGGAGUUCCCAGAUGCUGUGCCACUGCGGUGUAAGCUCAUCCUUGUCCAGGUGGAGCAGCUGUGUGUCAGGCAGGUGGUGGAUGAGGCUGGGAAGACCUGCAGCAGCAGCCCCAUGCUCCCUGUAGCUGAUGAGACACAGCAUGACCAGGUGUACAGGAUCUUCCAGGACAUCUGCGCAACGCACCAGCGGCCACUCUUCAGAGAAAACCAACAGAUUGCAGUCUGAGCCUCCUUCUCCCCAGACAUAGUGUGAUGGCUUGGGUUGGUCUAGACCCAGUUUGGUCCCAUUAGUGCCUAAAUUUCCCAUUUGGAAAGUUGUAGGGUUUUUUGUUGUUGUUCUUUGCUGUUUCCAGUCCAGAGUCUGUAUAAAUACAGCAGUAAAAAUAGACAUGAGAAAGCAGGUUGGAUGCUCGGUGUGUGUCCUGCAGACACUUCACUGGCAAAAAUGACUUCUGUACCAAGCCGGGUUGUCCAUAUACUGUUGUUGGCUAUAGCUGAUGGCAGGGGGAGGAGGGAGUGUCUGAACUGUGGGCAGGUCAGGGCUGGCAGGGCUUUCUUGUUGCUUUUGUUAAUGGCCAGUCAAGCAGAACCAAAAAUCAACAGCUAUAGUGACCUGCCCCAGUGGUCUGCAACUCCAAACCGCUAUUCUCAGCAAGGUUGGUAGGAAGUGACUCUUGGAAAAGCCUUAAAAUGAUUUAAAUGUAGGCAAUUCUUUCCAGAAAUCAGGUGUUUUUUCCUCCUAAAAGGGUCCUGCUGAGGGAAGGUAGGAUAUACUCCCAAGGAGAACCUUCUCAAAUUCCUCUUUAUUUUUUUGCUAUAAGUUUUAUAUGUGUGUCUACCAAAGUAUUUUGAAACUUGGAAACCAAUGCAGAGAUUAUAUGUGUAAAUGUUGAAUACACAAAGACUUAGGAAUCUUAAUUUUUCCUAGAGACAGAGUUUAUAUAAAUAUGCAAUAUCUUUAAUUUUAAAGAUUGCAGCAUAGUGUGAAUAGGUUGGCUUCACCCUUGCAAACACAUGUGUUGGUGUCUCCCAAGCGUGACCAGGCAGCGGCAUCCAUGUGUAAAUCCUCAUUAACAUGCUUUGUGUGCACACCCAGCAGUGGGGAGCUGCUUGGCCAUGGGACCUGUGCCUUGCAGCUGACCCAACCCAGGACCGCACGUGUGUGCGUGCUACUAAGAUGCCUAUUUAUUUUAUGCCUGAGGUUUAUUAAAUUUUUUUGUAUUUUUUUUAUCUUCCUGCCAUUAAAGUGCUAUAUUUUGUA